AUGUACUUGAUCGCCUUACGGCGGCCCGCAACGCAUUCCUUAAAUUCCUGUCGCAGGGGCAGGGAGUUCAAUAAGAGCUGUUCCUGGUACCCGCUUACUCUCAACAUACUCUUCUCCAUCAGCGUUAUUGACAAACUUCAUUCUACCCACCACACGCAUGCGGCUAUUGCAGACGGCCAGAUCAUGUCUUCCUUAAGAACUACCCCGGCAAGCGAUGGCGUUUUAAUCGUCCAUGUCGCCUUAUUUCGGAUGGCAACUGCAUCUCUCGCCGAGGCCUAUCGCGUCUUGGGCUACAAGGUUCACCACGGCACCAGCGACAUAGCCUACGGCAUACCAUGGAAAGCAAUUGAGCAUGCUGCCGAAGCGACCUGGCCAUUCGUGACCCCAGAAAUCUCCCCUCCAAGGUCUCCUUUCACCAGGAAGGAUUGGGACGAAGCCUGGGGCCAUGAGUACGAAGUCGUGACCGAGAUGGCCGCUCCAUUUGCGAAACAGCUAAUCGAGGCCUAUCCCAAGGCAAAGGUUGUUAUCGUGCAGCGCGACUUCGAGAAAUGGUGGCCAAGUUUCGUGUCAGAGCUGCUAGAACCGCUGUUUUCGCCCCUAGGCAUCUUUGCGACAUUUCUGGCUGGCCAUGUCAUGGGCAUCCGGUCUGGGCAGACCAUGCGCAAAGUGCAUUUCGGCUUCUUCAACGCCACUGACAGGGCUGGCAUCGAAAGGAACGCCCGCAAAGCUUACGAUGAAUACUUUGAUACCAUCAGGGCCCUGGUCCCCCCGGAGAGGAGACUCGAGUAUAAGAUAGGUGAUGGAUGGGGACCGCUAUGCAAGUUUUUGGGAAAGGAAGUGCCUGAUUUACCGUUCCCCCAUCAGAAUGCGAGAAAGGCACAUGGCGAAGCAUUAUCAUCGCAGCGUCUCGCAGUUUUUGGUAGAGCUCUCUUAAAGAUAUCAACUUGGGCAGUAUUCCCUAUAAUAUGCGGAUUCAUAAUAGCAAGGUUUCUAAGGAUAUAG